AUGGCCACCGUCACGAUCGGCGUAGAUACCUUCGAGGCCGGCGCUUCAAUCCUCCAUCCCAAGAAUUUACACGCUGUUAACUUCACCGAGCUGCUCAAGUUGAAUCGGAAGCUGCCUUCCAGUUCCGAUGACUCCAUGUCGCUAGGGAUUUGGGACGGCGGCAAGUUCGUGCUCAAGACUGUGACCGUCGAUUCCGAGUACCCGUUCGUUCAGAAGAUUGUGUCAUGGGCUAACUCGCAAUACAUCUUCCUGCGAUACGGGUUCUCGCUUCUGAAGAUGGACAGCUUCGUCGAGACUACUGUAGACAAGUUCUUGAAGUACUACGAGCGUACUGAAGAGAGGCCGAUUUUUGCAAGUGUGGAAGAAACACCAAAAACCUAA